AUGGACAAACACGUCCCAGGUCACCAGCGGAAAGAACGCGUCGAGGAAGUUAUACUACAGGUAUGAACCUUUGUAAAAAAAAAUAAAACUGCCUUGAAAUUUGAAACAGCUGCCAAAGGCAUGCAAACACCUGUCAGGACUGACUUAUUCGGUCAUCCAUUAAUUUCCUCACUUCCUAAUCAGCAAACAAGCUCAUAUAAAGGAAGCCUGAAAAUUAAUAAAUGUCCAUUUUAAUGACAUUCGACCUUUUUUUUAAGUUUUCCUUCUUGGCAAUGGAGACUUAGCUCGUUGUAUCCUGGGUCGGCCAUGGAGAACUUGUAGUAAAAUAUGUUAUGGCGCAUUCAAGGCUAAUUUGCUGGUCAUUCGUUUGGGGAUAACAUUUCGAAUGGAAUGCGAAAAAAAGUUGUUUUUUCGUAAAUCACAUUUAUUUACCCAUGUAAAUAAAGGGUGGCACAGGUUGAUAUUUAUUAAUUGUUUGCACAAAUUUGACAAAACUUUAUUUUAUUCGAUAGAGAUAUCAUAUUUCUUUCAAAGGAAUCACGGAAUCUAAAACUUCAAAAACAGUACUUUUCUCUGUGAUCGUGUUCAAAGAGAGACCUGUCUUAUUGCAGUGAACUGCUUUCUCUUUAAGGCAGGAGAUCGAAAAGAUAAACAGAGACAACGAGAUAUUUCAGCCAAGUUCUUUUAUUCAGACUUAUCCUAUGCAUGCUGUGUUUGAUUGAUUGAUUGAUCGAUCUAUUGGUUUAUUGUUUGAUUGAUUGAUUGAUUGAUUGAUUGUUUGUUUGUUUGAUUGACUGACUGACUGGCGACUGAUUGAUUGAUUGAUUGACUGACUAUCUGACUGAGUGAUUGAUUGAUUGAUUGAUUGAUUGAUUGAUUGAUUGAUCGAUCUAUCGAUUUAUUGAUUGAUUGAUUGAUUGAUUGAUUGAGAGAGUAAGUGAUCGAUUGAUUGAUUGAUUGAUUGAUUGAGUGAGUGAGUGAUUGAUCGAUCGAUUGAUUGAUUGAUUGAUUGAUUGAUUGAUUGAUUGAUUGAUUGAUUGAUUGAUUAAAGCUCGGCCUAACUAAGUGUGCUGAUACAUUCAUUGGAAUACCUGGACGAUUACGCGGAGUAUCAGGGGGAGAAAAGAAACGACUGUCAUUCGCUUCAGAGGUAUGAUUAACCAACAUUUUAUCUGCGUAUAGUGCCAAGGUAAGUAACUAAGUAAUUAGUUUGAAGUUUGAAGUUUGAAGUUUAUUAAUUCGUAAAUGCAUAGUAGUUCGAAAACUGAAUUGCGUAUUUCCGUUACAAAAAUUAAAUUAUAGAUCAAAAACAUUAACUAACCUAUCUUAAUUGAAAGGAAUAAAAAAGCUAACAAGAGAUGAGAUGCCCAAAAAAGUUAUCGAUUGAAAAUACAAGCUGCCAAAUGUGAAAACUCUCCUAUUCUAUAAGUUAGUUGCUUUAAGACAUGAAAAGAUAACAAAGCUAUUCUUAAAACGGUUGAUUUUAAAAUGGUCGGCUUUAAGUAAGGUAGCAAGGUAGCAAUUUGAAAGCCUCGAUUGGUGCCUCUUAUUACACUUUACAGAUUAGUCCUUUAGAUUACUCUUCUACGCUGGAACACAUCCCACAUCCACUUGCUCUUUUUUUUUAUGCGUCAUUAUGUGUUGCCUGGGUCACCACUUAAUCCAGAAUGGACACUUACCCUUUAAUAAAGUGAUAUUGUGAUAACCGGAGUUACCUGUUUUCCAUCUUGGAGGCAGCGUGGCCGACUGAUCAGCGCGACUAAGUUCCUUGUUCGUAUCCCGUCCUAAGAAAUUAUUGAAUUUGUUCCUCUCUACCCCAGAGUUCAAUUCAGUUCUGCUGUGCUUGCUUUUAAGUAGCCAAUCGACUGCGUCAUUUUUAUGCUGAGUUUGGAUUAAUUCAGUGUUUCUAAUUAAUAGCGUAUUCAAGUUAAGGGUCUUUAAAGUAUUCAGUUUAGCGCAGCUUAGCGCUCUGCCACUAUAAACAAACAGUUUACAGUUUUUUUUUUUUAUUCCAUCCCAUCUCAAUUUUUUUUUGUCAUACCAACUCACUAUAUGUCAUUACUAACCAGGUAAUUACCGACCCUCCAUUGUUGUUUGCUGAUGAACCAACUUCCGGUCUUGAUUCAUUCAUGGCUGAAAGUCUAGUGACGGCAUUGCAGCAGCUUGCGGAUCAAGGGAGAACUAUCAUCUGUACCAUUCACCAACCUUCAUCUGAAGUUUACGCCAUGUUUCACAGGUAAAUCGGAGGAGGAGUGUGGCGGUGUGAGAGCGUUAAUCUCCCUCUAAUUUCAAACAAUGACUCGUGGGUACCAUCCCGGUGGCCACGCCUUGGUGACCCCGGUGAAUACGGGUUGAGUUUGGUUCUCCACCUACAUACAAGACGUCUUCCUCCAGGUACAUCGGGGUUAACCCCCUCCACAGAAAAAAGUGCAAAAUUCCAAAUUUCAGACAAGGAGACAAGGAGUUCCUACAUGAAUGUGCUACGAUAGUCUUUUAAUUAGAUUUUUUAUUUGAUAAUUUAUUCGCUGACUCAUUCAUUUAUUUACAACUCUAUUUUUUUUGUGGUGUACCCUUCUUAUUUAUGACCAGCAGCUGUUAAAAAGAUAACAAUUUCAGUGGCAAACACAAAUUAAACGGCGGUGAUUAAGCGGAAGGAAACUUUGUUUUUAAGAUACUUGCGUACAACUCUAUGAAAGGUUCGUUUGUCAUUUUUUUUUCUUUGAUUCACAGCAUCCUCCUGUUGGCUGAGGGAAGGACAGCCUACAUGGGUUCUACAGCCGACGCCAUUCAGUAUUUUGACAGGUAGAUGUUGUACCCUCAUAUUUAAUAAAACAUUUUUUAAAGCUGAAAUUUCGAUUCUUCAGCUUANGUUUGUCAUUUUUUUUUCUUUGAUUCACAGCAUCCUCCUGUUGGCUGAGGGAAGGACAGCCUACAUGGGUUCUACAGCCGACGCCAUUCAGUAUUUUGACAGGUAGAUGUUGUACCCUCAUAUUUAAUAAAACAUUUUUUAAAGCUGAAAUUUCGAUUCUUCAGCUUAACGCGCGUCAAAACAAAUCAAGGACUUAUGGGCUACGCGGUUUACAAUGUCCGCAAUUUCUUAAAAAAAAAAAAAAAAACUAAAAAUCCCUUUUCCACUUGUCUUUUCAAACACGAUGCAUUGUUUUGUUUUUGUAGCAGGACAUUUUGUUUUAGUGAGCCUGAAAUGUUCAGUACGGCCUUAGCUUCCAGGUGAUGAAAUAUAAACUAGUUAACGUACUGCGCAGUGGAAUCAGGUACCGUAAAUACCAGGGAGACAGUUUUAAAGUUUUGAAGCAAUUGAUAGUAAUAAGUGUGUACAAUGGUCUCGUAAGUAUCAAGAGCAGAAAUAAGGUGAGAUUCAGAUGAGUGUCAAACCAAGACGAAAAUCCCUCUUAGUGGUCGCCUCCCCUUGUUCUAGUUAUCGUUAUCGUCAUAGUUACCGAUCCGUUGUCAUUCUCGUUAUCGUUAUUGUGAUCGUGAUCGUUAUUGUUAUUGUCAUCGUUGUUGUUUUACCUUAAGCAGAUAAAUAGUAAUAGUUGUAAAUUAGAAGUGCGUCAGACAUGGAGGGGACUGGGGAAGCGAUUUCAGUGCAUGAUAAUUUAGGUGAUUUAGCGAGAUAAAUAGUUAGAUAUCAGUUCUCGGCGGAGGGAAAGCCUCUGAAAAAAUUUUGCGGCGGAACAUGGCGUCGAAAGCACUGGGAGAAAAGCUCGACAAAAGACACAAGUGGGUCUGUGUCCUUCUCACGCAUUAACCGCUUACUGCUCUGGAGUAAUAACUGGGAAUAAUGUAACUUUGAAGUAGAUUACAAUUCCCCUAAUACUUAUCCGCUGGAUAGUGAUUUAUCUGGUGAAUAGCGCUACCCAGCGCUUGAAAACCGGAACCAGAACUCCUUUGCAGCAAAUCAUACGGUCACUGAUGCCGCAGUGAGCAUGUUUUCUAACGUAUGAAUUUCCUCUGUAUUUUUCAACAGCUUAGGAUAUCCUUGUCCUAUCAACUUUAAUCCCGCUGAUCACUUUGUUCAUACUUUGGCAAUUGUUCCUGGCAACGAACAAAACUGCCAACAAAGAGUCCAGGUGAGACACGCUGUUGUAUGUAGCUUAAACGGAGGUAACAGUCCUUUCUAGCUGGGGUACGGUCUCAUAAAGUUAAAGAUUAACUGCAACCGCUCACUUUCAUCUAGAGGAUUUCCUUGCAACGUGUCACAGAUAUCGAUUAACCCUCUGCACUCCGACUAUAGAGUUUAUUAACACUUAAAGAGAACAAGGAAAUCCGUUACAGAGAAUUCAAGAAAAAUAGUGCAAAACAAUCCUGCUAAAUCAUUUUAAUUGAUCUAAAUUGUUAUUCAGCAACGGUGCACUGUCAGAUUUUGAGAAUAUCAUAGAGUCUUUGAGGGUUAAACGAAAGCACACUUGUCUACAUCUUUCCGUUGUUGUUGUUGUUGCUUUUUUUGCUGGAAAUUGUGUAAUAUGUUUUGACAACAUCUGACGUAAAGCAGUUACAUUAUUCUCAUAACGUGUGAUUUCUAUAGGACAUAUGUGAUGCGUAUAGUGCAAAGGAGGCAAGUCAAACAGCUGACGCAGAGGAACCCGAGAGACAGGUUAGUUACUACCUAACAUGAUGCGCGAAAUAUAAUCUCUAGCAAAAAUGAGACAGUUUUGGGACCUCAAAAAAUUAAAAAUGCUACUAUUCAGCGAUAAGAGUGGCCGUAAUCAUAAAAGUGCUAUGCAGUACACUGGUACUAGCGUGAUGUAUCUCAGUCUAUGAACGUCAUAGAACAAAUUUCAUUUGUUUAUUAUUUUUGAAGCCAAAAGUUUGUUUCUGGGGCUCUAAUGCAGGUUCAAACUGUCUGACAAACAAAGCCAAGUCUGAAAAGAUAUUGCGGUUUUUGAACUGGACCCUUCUCUUAGAUUCUGGAUCGUUUAUGUUGUCCCCCUUUAAUUUAACAAUCCUUUCCAGGUUAUUUCGACACCAAUAUGUCAAUUGCUAUGUUUACUACCCCUUGUCUCAUUGUACUCAUGCGCAUUUUCGACAUCAAGGAGCGGACUCCGGAUAAGCUAACAAGCGCCUGUCGUUGAAUUACAUGUUAUUUCAGGAUUCCUUCAAAGAUGAAGACGUUGCUGUUCGUCGUUCGCCGUAAGAAUAUUACACCUUGGCCGCAUUCACACUAGAGACUGAUUAUCCGUCUGAGACGGGUUAUUCGUUGGAUUAUUCGCGUCAGACAGAUAAUAAUCGUCUUAAUUUGAAAAAUGGAACGGUCUUAAUAUUGGAUGGACAAGCCGCCUGACUUUAACUAUCUGUUUUCUCCCUCAAUUUUGACGGAUUUUGAAGAUGGAUCCAUCAGUCUCUAGUGUGAAAACGACCAUUUAGUGGUAAUUCAGAAAUAAGCUGCCUAAUUUCAGUUGUAAAGAGUCAUAAUGCCGCAGGAUCUCUUGCAACCUUGAUGGAAAAAUCUGCGCUCUAGCACGCUUCCAUUAACAUGUUUCGGUUCCACAACAAAUGAUCGUUGAUUCCAUUACCUUUGCCAACGUUGAGUCAACUGUUAUUUAACUCAAAUCGCGUCAGUUUCGUUUGUCGAAAUAAAUAAUCUUAACAGACAGCAAAAUCUGAAGUGAUAGAGAGUUUAGACAAUUACGACAAGAAGCAAAAAGAACGAACACUUAUCGUAGUGCAGUGCUUCGUUUGUUCUUCGUAUACAAUUUCCUAGUGCAACGUUUUAUUGGAAAGAUUUAACGCGGGAGAAAGAAUUUGACUUUUUGUUCUUUGUUUGUUUGUUUAUUUAUUUGUUUGUUUUUCAACGCAGCGUCUUACUAAUGCAGGUCUUCGAAAACUCGCCGAUAUUUGCCAGGAUAAGGAAAUUGCAAUUAUUGCGAUAACAACUUUAAAUGUUAGAGACGUUUUUCUGCUGUCUCCCCCUCUUUAUGACGCUCGCAAAAGGCUUUAUUACCUAACUUUUGCAUGCAUUACUCCCCCAUCUAAUAUUGACUUUUCUAUCUCAGGUACAAAGUGUCCUGGAUCAAACAGUUUCGUUCUGUUUUCUGGCGAUCCUGGCUCACCUUUAAUCGAGAUGUCGUUAUCUUUAGAGUCCGACUCUAUCAGAGCAUCGUAAGAGCCACUGACAUCAUAUCUAGAUGGUUGAUAUUUAUGUUCUUUCUGUCAUAUGCCGGGGCAACAGACUCUGAAGUGGCUACCGCACAGGUUGUUGAAACGUCAGACGGUCCUAUUACGGACUACGAUCACCCAGACGAUCAUGCUCGACCUACUUGAGAAAUGACUCCUGGGUUCAAACAGUUCACUGAUCGAAUUUCAGUUGUUCUCAAUUCAGGCAAAAUACUUCCAACCUGCCGUUCAUUUUUCGUCCUCUUAAUAAAACAGGCUGACUACGAUCUUCUAACUGUAACAAUGUUGGCGGUAAUAAAUUUCGGCUCUCGACAAUCUGUGCGGUUUUCAGCAUCAGCGUAAAAGUCUGUGGUAAAGUUGCUGCAACAAUAUCAAACAAAUUUUAUCAGGGGGCACUAGCCAUAAUAACUUUUAUGUUGAUUUUCGCGGGCAUAGCAUUAAAACUUGAAAACGCUGGCCCAACUUUUUCUUGUUUUAAUCCACAUACAUCCUUGCUGUUCGUAGAAACAGACGACAGGAAACAAUUUCAAUGCCUAAAUAUAGUCUUCAAUAACAAAACUGCACCAUUAUUAAUUUUUUAAUUAAACUGAUGCGAAGACAAGUUUUGUGUUUCUAAAAAGAUAGCAAAUAAUAUGACAUAGCGGCCCCUUUAACAAAUGUUCGGUUAGGUAAAAGCCUAAUUGAUAUUUCAGGGGCACCCAACGACAGUUUCCUCCAAAAUACGUUUAAAACGCUUUUUAGGCUAUCCAAAGUACUUUUAGAUCUCUAGAAAUGCAUUCUAAGCGGCGUUACAAAUUUUUUGUCUGAACCGUCAUCACAGGGGAACUUAAGUCUUUUCGAAAUUAGAAGGGCUGUAGUAUUAUUUUUCCGAAAAUUUUAAGUGCAAUUUAAGGUUUUACGAAAGUUAGAUUUUUUAUCCCUCUCUCCUAUACGAAAAUUUUAGGUUUCCUUUUUCUACGAAAAAUAGUGUGGCCUGGGUAGUAAAAUAAAUAGAGAAUACUUCAUGGAAAGUGCUGGCGUACGGUAUUUACGCACGAGUUGUUGACGUAUCAGAAAUCGAACGAGUGAGCGCAGCAAACGAGUAAGAUUUCUGAUACAAAAACAACGAGUGCGUAAAUACCGUACAAAGCACUUUCCAUGUGGUAUUGUGUUUAUUAUAUACAUACCGAGACAUUCAUCAUUUUGGCGGCCUUUUUAUUUUAAAUCUUUCAAAAAUGCUUAUUUGCCGCUACACACUUGCCGCAAAAUGACAACGAAAACGAAGUAUCAGCUUUUUAGUAAAAACGUUUGUUAAAAACAUAAAUGACGGUAAGGAUAUCAGAUAAUCCAAGAACUAUAAGUAAUCUUAACUGUUUGUUGUCAAUGCACAAUUGAAAAUGAGUGAAUUUAAGUAAAAUGGCCGGUUUCAAUAUAAGCUUAAGCUUAAAUGAAAGGCAAAGUAGCUCCGACAAAAAGCACAACAAAAGCUUACGUCUCGUUCUGUUUUUCCCUUUCCGCUGUUGUUUCGCCGGCUCUCUACCGUUUUCUUUAUCGGCAGUGAAACAAACGAAACUAUUCCACUCCAUUUCCGAAAUGUUUUUCACUUUUUUAGCGAGAGAAACUCUUUGAGUAAAACUUUUCUCGUUGAAUGUGUGCGAAGCGGCGCUGCAAGCUGCAAUAAAAGACGGGAAUUUUGGCGCGAAACUCACACACCUCUGUGGCCUCUGAUUGGACGUAUCAUUUUUCUCACACGUGAAAAAACAUCGUUCGCGAUUCUGAUUGGACGUAUCAUUUUUUUCACGUGUGAAAACCAUCGUUCGCUCCUCUGAUUGGCUAGAACUAAUUUGCGUACGAAAAUUUACGACAUAGCUUUCUGGUGAGUAUUUCUCAGUAUGUAUAUAAUAAAAAUAUGAAUAAUUUAACAUAUAAUAAUAUCAUACGGAAUUCAUUUGAUAAGCUUCGAAAAUUGUACAGGAAUGGAACAUGCAUCUAGAAAUUUUUAGCCGUCAUCAAGCAGAAGAAAAUUCUAGGAAAUAAUUUGCUUGAGCCUUCGCCGAACAGAUAUUGUACAGAAAACAGUCGGUGGGUGCCCCUGGUAUUUCACAUUAAUAGCCUGUGCUAUGACUGAUAUCUGCCUACUAUCUUGUGUAGUUCGUAGGUCUCAUAGCCGGAAUAAUUUACUUCCAAACAAAGGUGGAUCAAGCUGGUAUCCAGAAUAUAUCUGGAGCGAUUUUCUUUCUUCUCACGUCUGUUACGUUUAACAACGUUGCAUCUGUCAUCUUCGUAAGUGUUUGAAAAUUUACCUUAAUCGUCAUAUGCCUCUGUCUUUAAUUUUAUCAAUUGGCCAUCAUAAGAAGUUACCAAAACAUGUUGAUAUUCAUAAGCCAAGACGAUUGAGACGUCAGCAAAUUGAAAUAUAUGAAAUGAAUCUUGACUUUAACUACGGAUAAGGAUAUGAAAGUAAACAUGAUCUUUGCAUUUGAAUGAAGAACCUAACCGGUUGACAACGAACCUGAAAAAAAAUCAGGCUUGACCGGGAAUCAAAUCCUGACCUUUGCGAUGACCUGACACAACGCUCUAUCCAUUAGGCGAAUCAAGCCAAAUGGAGAGCAGGCCAUUGUGAGUUCGUCAUUGUCACAUGAUAUUAAAUUUCGAUUGUAAGAAAAAAAAACUAAUAUCAUGAUAAUGUGUAAUCCAUGUGUUAUAUAAUUAUAAUAGGUGUACCUACAAAAAUACCGGAUCGAGCCACCUUAAUGUAGAUUGCAUUUUGAUAAACUUUUUCUUUAUUAUUGUUAGACUUUUCCAGUCGAGCUAUCUGUGUUUUUACGAGAGCACCAUAAUGGCAUGUAUCGGACAGACGUUUACUUUUUGUCCAAGACUUUUGCUGAGGUGAGUGUAGUGUAAAGCGUUGUUAUCCACGCAAUUUAUGUCAAACCUAAAGCAAUGAAAGAGGCGACGACCCCUAUAAUGAGUCCCGUUUAGAUGACUUUUUAUUUUAUUAUUUUUUUUUAUUAUUAUUUUUUUUUUAGCAGAAACUAACCUUUUUUUGCAAUUUCUAGGCACCUCUUUUUUUAUUCAAUCCCCUUCUUUUGAUUACAAUCGCCUACUGGAUGAUCGGUAAGUAAGUUAUAUUAAAUGCUGUGAGGAGCCCAUCAUAGGCUUCUUGUGCGGUUACACUAGACCUUUUCUCCAAGGCUGCAUAUCCCCUCUGAGAAAUAGCUCGGGUUGGGUUCGUUCUAGGUUUUGAUUACUUUCAUGUUUGCGGUUAAACGGCGAUAAACUGCCCAAGGGGCGCAGGUAAACGUCCUUGUAAACAUUGAAGACUGACAUGAAUAUUGGAACGUUUCCGACUAUUUUUAACCUUUUAAAUAUCUAAUAUUGACUUUUCUAUCUCAGGUACAAAGUGUCCUGGAUCAAACAGUUUCGUUCUGUUUUCUGGCGAUCCUGGCUCACCUUUAAUCGAGAUGUCGUUAUCUUUAGAGUCCGACUCUAUCAGAGCAUAGUAAGAGCCACUGACAUCAUAUCUAGAUGGUUGAGAUUUAUGUUCUUUCUGUCAUAUGCCGGGGCAACAGACUCUGAAGUGGCUACCGCACAGGUUGUUGAAACGUCAGACGGUCCUAUUACGGACUACGAUUACCCGGACGAUCAUGCUCGACCUACUUGAGAAAUGACUCCUGGGUUCAAACAGUUCACUGAUCGAAGUUCAGUUGUUCUCAAUUUAGGCAAAAUACUUCCAACCUGCCGUUCAUUUUUCGUCCUCUUAAUAAAACAGGCUGACUACGAUCUUCUAACUGUAACAAUGUUGGCGUAACAAAUGUCGGCUCUCGACAAUCUGUGCGGUUUUCAGCAUCAGCGUAAAAGUCAGUGGUAAAGUUGCUGCAACAAUAUCAAACAAAUUUUAUCAAGGGGCACUAGCCAUAAUAACUUUUAAUAAUAGUCUUCAAUAACAAAACUGCACCAUUAUUAAUUUUUGAAUUAAACUGAUGUGAAGACAAGUUUUGUCUUUCUAAAAAGAUAGCAAAUAGUAUGACAUAGCGGCCCCUUUAACAAAUGUUCGGAUAGGUAAAAGCCUAAUUGAUAUUUCAGGGGCACCCAACGACAGUUUCCUCCAAAAUACGUUUAAAACACUUUUUAGGCUAUCCAAAGUACUUUUAGAUCUCUAGAAAUGAAUUCUAAGCGGCGUUACAAAAUUUUUGUCUGAUCCGUCAUCACAGGGGAACUUAAGACUUUUCGAAAUUAGAAGGGCUUUAGUAUUAUUUUUCCGAAAAUUUAAAGUGCAAUUUAACGUUUUACGAAAGUGAGAUUUUUUUUUAUCCCUCUCUCCUAUAGGAAAAUUUUUGGUUUCCUUUUUCUACGAAAAAUAGUGUGACCUGGGUAGUAAAAUAAAAGUAUGAAUAAUUUAACAUGUAAUAAUAUCAUAGGGAAUUCAUUUGAUAAGCUUCGAAAAUUGUACACGAAUGGAACAUGCAUCUAGAAAUUUUUAGCCGUCAUCAAGCAGAAGAAAAUUCUAGGAAAUAAUUUGCUUGAGCCUUCGCCGAACAGAUAUUGUACAGAAAACAGUCGGUGGGUGCCCCUGGUAUUUCAGAUUAAUAGCCUGUGCUAUGACUGAUAUCUGCCUACUAUCUUGUGUAGUUCGUAGGUCUCAUAGCCGGAAUAAUUUACUUCCAAACAAAGGUGGAUCAAGCUGGUAUCCAGAAUAUAUCUGGAGCGAUUUUCUUUCUUCUCACGUCUGUUACGUUUAACAACGUUGCAUCUGUCAUCUUCGUAAGUGUUUGAAAAUUUACCUUAAUCGUCAUAUGCCUCUGUCUUUAAUUUUAUCAAUUGGCCAUCAUAAGAAGUUACCAAAACAUGUUGAUAUUCAUAAGCCAAGACGAUUGAGACGUCAGCAAAUUGAAAUAUAUGAAAUGAAUCUUGACUUUAACUACGGAUAAGGAUAUGAAAGUAAACAUGAUCUUUGCAUUUGAAUGAAGAACCUAACCGGUUGACAACGAACCUGAAAAAAAAUCAGGCUUGACCGGGAAUCAAAUCCUGACCUUUGCGAUGACCUGACACAACGCUCUAUCCAUUAGGCGAAUCAAGCCAAAUGGAGAGCAGGCCAUUGUGAGUUCGUCAUUGUCACAUGAUAUUAAAUUUCGAUUGUAAGAAAAAAAAACUAAUAUCAUGAUAAUGUGUAAUCCAUGUGUUAUAUAAUUAUAAUAGGUGUACCUACAAAAAUACCGGAUCGAGCCACCUUAAUGUAGAUUGCAUUUUGAUAAACUUUUUCUUUAUUAUUGUUAGACUUUUCCAGUCGAGCUAUCUGUGUUUUUACGAGAGCACCAUAAUGGCAUGUAUCGGACAGACGUUUACUUUUUGUCCAAGACUUUUGCUGAGGUGAGUGUAGUGUAAAGCGUUGUUAUCCACGCAAUUUAUGUCAAACCUAAAGCAAUGAAAGAGGCGACGACCCCUAUAAUGAGUCCCGUUUAGAUGACUUUUUAUUUUAUUAUUUUUUUUUAUUAUUAUUUUUUUUUUAGCAGAAACUAACCUUUUUUUGCAAUUUCUAGGCACCUCUUUUUUUAUUCAAUCCCCUUCUUUUGAUUACAAUCGCCUACUGGAUGAUCGGUAAGUAAGUUAUAUUAAAUGCUGUGAGGAGCCCAUCAUAGGCUUCUUGUGCGGUUACACUAGACCUUUUCUCCAAGGCUGCAUAUCCCCUCUGAGAAAUAGCUCGGGUUGGGUUCGUUCUAGGUUUUGAUUACUUUCAUGUUUGCGGUUAAACGGCGAUAAACUGCCCAAGGGGCGCAGGUAAACGUCCUUGUAAACAUUGAAGACUGACAUGAAUAUUGGAACGUUUCCGACUAUUUUUAACCUUUUAAAUCUCAUCUACACCAAACGCGAUCCAAUCAGACUCCAGGUGAUGAUCGAGAAUUACCAUGGGAAACAUGGCUGAACAAUAUUUUUGAGAUUUAAGGAAUUUGUCUCCAUGUAAAGCCGCUUUAAAUGCAAUAUGUUAAUUAUAAUUUUUAAAUUCCAGAGGACUGUGUAAACUUGGCUCUCAUUUGCCUGGUGAAGUAUUAAUAGACCUUAACAAUAAAAACAACAACAGGAAUAGAUACAAAAAAAACAAACAAACAAACAAGCAAAAACAAUCAGCUACAAAACAAAGACUUCUAUAAAUCUUAUACCACAGUUGAUGUUCAUGUGUCCGUAGUCACGAUCAUAUUGAAUCUGUGAUGGGGUACAACUGAACCUCGGCAGGCACGACUUGCACUAAGAUGUUAAGUUAUACCAAUAGCAAGCAUGUUUGUCUAAUUUGCAAGUUAACGUUUUCAUUUGAUUGCGGAGCUGUGUUAAUAUUUGCACAGACAAACAUAACUUUGAUAAAAAUUAAUUUUCUCGGUAAAUGUUAUAUACUUUAACCCAUUUGCCCUUGGGUAAAAGGGCUAGUGUAGCCGCAUCCAUAGUAAAAAGUGUGUUAAAAAAGAUUAGUUUCAUUUCUUAGAUAUGCGACUAUGCAAUAAUUAUCACAGCAAUAUUUGUACAUGUCCUUCCUACAGAAAAGAAAAAAAAACGGUCAGCCGCCAGACCGUUGUUUUCACUGUAGAAAGAAGGUUUAAGAGGAGUAAAUGCCUAUGUUUUACAAGACGUCUAAACAACCUUUAACUUCCACGUUUAUUUUUGGGGGUAUUUCAUAAUCGAUAGAUCACCUUAAAACAAACGAGGAAUAAUCAUUGCGGCGGAGUUUUAUUCCCGAUGCUUUUAAAACUUUAUUUACGCUUUCUAGAAGAUAUUUAAAGCUGACUCUACAAUAGCGGCGACAGCUAAACUUUUAUCUGUUAGGUCAGCAUCUUUAACUACAUAAGUUUCAUCGCCUUUCGAAUCAAUCGAUAGCUAGGUGUUAUACAACUUUUUGCCUUGGUUUCCCCUAUCUUUUGUUUUGUUAUCUAAAAAUUUUUUAUCUGAUAUUUUCAGGCUUGCGAGAAAACGUACUAAGGUUCAUCUAUGCAUACGGGAUCCUUGCUUUGGUCAGCGUAGUAGCUGUAUCCUAUGGUAUGUUUUAUCUCUAUGGUACCGCUCAACAAAUUUGUGUUGUUGAUACUGUUUCUGUAGCGACUGUAUGCAACUACUUUUGGCUUAUGUUUAAUAUUCAAGCAUAAAAAAUGAUUAUCCACGACAUUUUAGUACCAGUGUUGCGAAACAGCAAAAUCAUUUUAAACUCUCGAUGGUAAUUACAACAAUCCCCCAUGUGUAUCUUGUUGUCGGACGUCCUCUUGACCCCUCCAAUAUCGUGGGACCCAUGCUGUGAUCAGCUGAUGCGCUGCCCAACACGAAGAACAUGCCAGGAUAGUGCAAUUCUUCCGUUCCGUACGGUCUGAUAGCAGUGGACAUUCUUUCUAAACUACCAUAUAGUUCGCAAUUUGUAACGUGGUCUUUCCAGAAGAUAUGUUUCACCAUGAAUUUGUAUUAUUUUCCUGUUAUAGGGUAUAUCGUAUCCACAGUCGCACCGUCUGUACCAGCCGCCUCUGCCAUCAGUGCCCCGUUACUUCUACCUCUGUUACUUAUUGGCGGAUUCUACGUUAAAAACAAGUAAGUGUCAUAUCGCUGUGGUUUGGAUGUUUUUAUUUGAAGCGCGGUCAGGUGAACGAUGUCGAGAUGAGGGUCGUCGUUUGAUCAGAUACAAAAUGUAGUUUGUCCAGACCAAAUGUAGCGGAAUGAUGGCGUAUUCCCAAUAGGAUUCGAAACAGGGCGACAGCGUGACCUAGUUGUCUGGGCGUCGGACUCACAAUCCGGCGGCCCCGGGUUCGAGUCCCGCUCUGGCGACUUGCUGGAUUUGUUCUCGGUCAUCCGAGUUCAAUCCUAGGCCACACUUGUAAACAGCCAACUGGUUGCCUCCUGCUCGUUGGGGGUUUUUAUCCUGUUAUGUUGUAUUUGAAUUAUUUGUUUCUAAGUAUUUGAUUGGAGUGCCUGUAAACUAGCUUGAUAAGCCAAGUGCACUUUCCACUAUAAACAAUGCAAGCCUUUACCUUUGUAUAACGAUCUUUAAGGUCCAACGAGUUUUCUAUCGCUUAGAGUGGUGAACAUCGGGGCUAGUAACCACAAGGUCGUAGGUUAAAGUGGUAAACAUUCUGCAUAUUACCAGGGCGUUAUUUGCUUCUCUUAAAAGGCUUAGUCGAUUCAUCGAUCAUGUCUAGUACUCAACAAGAAGCUUCGAUAAUGCUGGACACUAAAGCUUAGCACAGAAUCCCUCCUUCAUUACAUUCAUUGGAAAUUCAGUGGCUAGUAUUCCGUUUUUAAAAUGACUCUUUAACUUGUGAAACAUACAAAGAUCUACUUAAUUCUUAUUAUUUUCGUUCUUCGAGAAACGAAAAAGUGCACAGUACUUAAAUUGUGAGGUAUGUCAUAACGUAUACACUUUCCUGACAAUUGCUCCGCCAUCUUGUUUAUUUUUCUUGUCGUACUUUGCUGAGAUAUUACGCGCCACUGACUAGAAUUCACCUCCCUUACAUCGCCUCAGAAUCUGAAUCAAGGAGAAACUCAUGAUAGUGCGAAUAUGUUAUAUCAUUUCAGCACAAUACCAGAUUGGUUGUCAUGGCUACAGUAUCUUUCGUGGUUUAAAUAUGGAUUUGAAACCUUGGUUGUAAACCAGUGGGACGGUUAUGAAAAUAUAGGUAUGCAGUUUAUAGCCUUAAAUUGA